AUGUCUACCACCAGAAACCAAGCUUCCACCAGCAAGAAAGCUUCCACCAGCAAGAAACCUUCCACCGGAAAGAAAGCUUCCACCAGCAAGAAAGCUACCAGCAGCAGCCAAGAUUCUACCAGCAGCAGCCAAGAUUCCCCCAGCAACGAAGCUACCGGUAAAUCCAGUGUAUCAUGGUACGGUGAUCAGCAUCUUACCAAAAACAAGUUAAACCCUGACGGAUUGACAUCAAUUGAUAUCUUGAUGGGAUGGAUCACAAGAGAUGGAAACUUCAGUAAAUGGAGAGGCAAAAAGAACGACGGAAUGACAACCGCUACCAACAAAACAAUACUCUGUAGUAAUAUUUUUCUAGAAUUUGAAGCUUUGGGUGUCACUUUUCGUUAUCGAAACGCAAUUCGAGCAAAGAUCGACAGAAUUAUUGUAGCUUAUCGAAAGGCUGAAACAUGGAGGAACCAAACUGGCCAAGGUAUCCUUGACAGUGCUACUGAUGAUAAUCGUGAAGAAAAGGAGAUUUCUGUUUUAGACACUUGCAUUAAGAAGUGUAAGGAGUACAAUGAGAUCGAGCCAUUUUUCCGCGACUCGGCUAGCUCUGUGAUUAUUCCUUUUAACGAAGAUGCGGAUUAUGAGAACGUUGAAGAAAUAAUGUUUGGCAACGAUGACAGCGAGAGCGAUGCUGAGUUUGUUCAGCACGACGAAGGACCAGUUGCUGAUGUACAAUCAGUUCCCACCGCCACUCCCAUCACUCCCACCCUUCCCAUCACUCCCACCACUCCCACCACUCCUACCUGUCCCACCGCUCCCACCAAUUCUACCGCUCCCACCAAUCCUACCACUACCGCCGAUGCCACCACUCCCACUGCCCCUACCACCGGCGCCACUCCCAUCACUGCUACCAUUUCUACUAAUAAUGAUGAUGCUCCUUCUGUUGUCUCUCUUUCAAGUGAGAGAGCAAAUGAGUUGACAAUCAAAAGAAUGAGAAUUCUUAAGCGCGAGGUCAACGAUCGAAUUGAGCAAGACCUGUUUGACAGGAAGUGGCGUCAAGAAAUGGAAGAGAAGAAGAAUGAUGAGCGUGUUCGUCAAGAGGCAAAGGAUGCUGCUGAUCGAAAGCACCAAGCAAGGCAGGUGGCCAUGGCCAAUCUUGGGUUGCUCAUAAGCAAUAAGAUGAUUACGAAGGAAGAAUACUUCGCGGAAAUAAACAAGUUAAAUAAUCAUCAUUAA